ACACGCGGCAGCUGCAGCUCUUGCACUUCUGCCUCUUCCUGGCCAUCUACCUGGCUGCCCUCCUGGGCAACGGCCUCAUCUUCACCACCAUCGCCUGCGACCACCAUCUCCACACCCCCAUGUACUUCUUCCUCCUCAACCUCCCAGUUCUGGACCUGGGCUCCAUCUCCACCACUGUCCCCAAAGACAUGACCAAUGCCCUCUGGGACAACAGGAGCAUCUCCUACCUGGGAUGUGUUGUUCAACUCUUUUUCUUUCUCUUCUGGAUUGGAGCGGAGUAUUUUCUUCUCACCAUCAUGGCCUAUGACCGCUACUUAGCCAUCUGCCAACCCCUGCACUACGGGACCCUCCUGGACACCAGAGCUUGUGCCCACAUGGCAGCAGCUGCCUGGGCCA